ACAACAACGCCUUAGAACUAACCGAAACGAUUUCUGGAACAAGAGUUUUUUAUUGUCACUCCAACCCAUAUAUAUACUACCCCCUGAUCACCAUCUGCACUGACCAAAGCUGUUCUAAUUUUCUAUAUACGUGGUUUCUACACUAUGGGGGUGACCACCUAUACAGACGAGUACACUUCCCCAAUCCCUCCAUGCAGGUUGUUCAAGGCAUUGGUCCUUGAGGCUGACAUCCUCGUUCCAAUGCUCAUGCCGGAGGCUCUUAAGAGCAUCGACACCAUCCAAGGUGACGGAAGAGCAGGAAGCAUCAAGCAGAUCAACUUCGCCGAAGGCAUCCAGAUCAUUUCUGUGCGAAAUCGGGUUGAUGAGGUGGAUGACGAGAACUACGUGUAUAAUUACACUUUGAUUGAUGGAGAUAUUUCAGUAAUGGAGAAACUUGAGUUUAUUUCUUAUGAAGUUAAGUUUGAGGCUACACCAGAAGGUGGCAGUAAGAACAAGAUGGUGAGCAAGUACCACACCAAAGGUGACAUUGUGCUCAAUGAGGAAGACAUAAAGGCCGGCAGAGAAAAGGCCUUGGGGAUGUACAAAGUUGUGGAAGCCUACCUCCUCCAAAACCCAGAUAUCUAUAUUUGAUAUCAACCACUUCAUUUCUAUAAAGAGGGCUCAAAAGAAAAUUUCUUUAAGUCUGUCAUGUUUAUAGGUGCGGCCUUUGGUUUCACCGGCCUAUUGGACUUUGACAACAGGACUUUCAGUUUUCUUGAUAAUGCUUGCGACUUAUGCAGUCAUGCAUGAUUGAAACACUUUUGCUAUAAUAAAUCUGAAUUUUGA